GUCAGGCGGAAAAAUACCAAAGAGAUGUUUGGUGGAUUUUUCAAAAGUGUGGUGAAAAGUGCUGAUGAAGUCCUUUUUUCUGGAGUUAAGGAGGUAGAUGACUUCUUUGAGCAAGAGAAGAACUUCCUUAUUAAUUAUUACAAUAGGAUCAAGGAUUCCUGUGCAAAAGCUGACAAGAUGACCAGAUCUCAUAAAAAUGUUGCUGAUGACUAUAUCCACACUGCAGCCUGCUUGCACAGCCUGGCUUUACAAGAGCCCACAGUCAUCAAAAAGUACCUAUUGAAGGUUGCUGAGCUAUUUGAAAAACUUAGGAAAGUGGAGGGUCGAGUCUCUUCAGAUGAAGAUUUAAAGCUGACAGAGCUUCUCCGAUACUACAUGCUCAACAUAGAGGCCGCUAAGGAUCUCUUGUACAGACGCACCAAGGCCCUGAUUGACUAUGAGAACUCAAACAAAGCUCUGGAUAAGGCCCGGUUAAAAAGCAAAGAUGUCAAGUUGGCUGAGGCACACCAGCAGGAAUGCUGCCAGAAAUUUGAACAGCUUUCUGAGUCUGCAAUAGAAGAACUGAUCAAUUUUAAACGGAAGAGGGUGGCUGCAUUUAGAAAGAACCUAAUUGAAAUGUCUGAACUGGAAAUAAAGCAUGCCAGGAACAAUGUCUCCCUCUUGCAGAGCUGCAUUGACUUGUUCAAGAACAACUGAUCUGCCUUCACUCUGAAGGAAAUGAAUGUGAAAGAAAGCCAGCAUCAUUUGCACUUAAAUCAUUACUAUGGAAGAUUUAUUAGCUUUGAUUUCAGUUUAAAAUUGUGAAUAAAUGUUUGAUUUCUAAAAAUCUUAACACUUAA